AUGUCAUCCACAAACGAAAAUAUUCCCCAACCAAUAGUUCGUGACAUUAAGUUAUGUCAAAACGAACAUAUUCCAACAAAAGUCUAUAAAACAAGUAAUGAAGCAAGUAUAGCUGCUGCACAUGAAAUUAUUGAUUUAAUCAAAGCUAAAAAUGGACAUGCAGUAUUAGGAUUAGCUACAGGAUCAACUCCAACUGCAAUUUAUGCUGAACUUAUUAGAGCAAAUAAAGCUGGAGAAGUUUCAUUUAAAGAUGUCAUAACAUUUAAUCUUGAUGAAUAUUAUCCAAUGAAACCAGAACAAAUUCAAUCAUAUCAUAAGUUUAUGAAUGAGAAUUUGUUUGACCAUAUUGAUAUUGAUAAAAAGAAUAUUCAUAUUCCAGAUGGAACUCUUCCAAUGGAUAAAAUUGAAGAGUUUUGUUUAAAUUAUGAAAAACAAAUUAAAGAAGCUGGUGGAAUUGAUAUACAAAUAUUAGGUAUUGGACGUUCUGGUCAUAUUGGAUUUAAUGAACCAGGAUCUCCAAUUACUUCUAUAACAAGAAAAAUAUAUUUAGAUAGAAUUACUCGUUUAGAUGCAUCAGGUGAUUUCUUUGGACUUGAAAAUGUUCCACUUCAAGCUAUUACUAUGGGUGUUGGAAGUAUUAUGUCUGCUAAAAGAAUUUUAUUGCUUGCAUUUGCAGAAGGUAAAGCUAAAAUUAUUGCUCGAGCUAUUGAAGGCGAAUCAACUGAAUUAUGUGCAGCAUCUUUAUUACAAAGACAUCCAAAUACUACUGUUUUUAUUGAUGAACCUGCUUCUAGUGAAUUAACUUAUUAUAAAAAUCCAUGGAGUUUAACAUUAAAAGAUAGCACAUUAAAUAUUCAAUAUGACAAACCAUUAAUUAAGAAAGCUGUUGUUUGGUUGAGUAAAGAAUGUAACAAACCAAUUUUAAGUUUACAAGAAGAAGAUUAUUAUAAACAUCAUUUGAAUGCUCUUUUAGAACAAUGUGGAAGUGCUGAAAGUGUUAAUUUAUUUGUUUUCCAAUCUAUUCAAGAUGCUAUUACUGGAUGGCCAGCUGGAAAGAGAAUUAAACCAACAGAACGUGCAUUAAAAGUAUUUGACCAUCCAACAUUAAAUAAGAAAUCAUUAUAUGAUUCAUCAUUAUCAAAUCAUAAAAGAAUUUGUGUCUUUUCACCUCAUCCAGAUGAUGAUGUUAUUUCUAUGGGAGGAACAAUUGCUCGUUUAUGUGAACAAGGAAAUGAAGUUCAUACUGUCUACGAAACUAGUGGGGCAAUUGCUGUAUGGGACGAUGACGUAAAGAGAUUGACACAUUUUGCAUGUUUAUAUUCUAAAUUAAUUGGAGCUAAUACUGAAUUGUUUGAGUCAAAAGCCAAAGAGUAUAGUGAAUUCUUUAAGACUAAAAGUUGUGAAAGUGGAUUUAGAGAUAAUGAAGAAAUUCUUGAAAUUAAAAGAGUUAUUAGAGAAAGUGAAGCUGUUGAUGCAAGUGUUCAUGCUGGAGUUAAAAGAGAAAAUGUUCAUUUGUUAAAUUUACCAUUUUAUCAAACAGGAAAAACUGGUAAAAAACCAGUUGGACAAAAUGAUAUUGAUAUUGUUAAACAAGUUCUUAAACAAGUUAAACCUGAAAUCGUAUUUGCUGCUGGUGAUUUAAGUGAUCCACAUGGAACACAUAGAAAAUGUACUCGUGUUGUUUUAAAGGCUUUAGAACAAUUAGAAAGUGAAGGAGAAGAAUGGGUAAAACAAUGUGAUAUUCUUCUUUAUAGAGGAGCAUGGCAAGAAUGGGAAAUUGAACGUGCUGACCUUAUUGUUCCAAUGAGUCCACAAGAAGUUGUUUUUAAAAGACUUGUUACUUUCAAGCAUCAAUCACAAAAAGAUCUUCCAUUAUUCCCAGGAGCUGAUCCAAGAGAAUUUUGGCAAAGAGCUGAAGAAAGAAAUAGAAAUACUGCUGAACUCUUGUCUAAAUUAGGAUUUGCUCAUUUUGCUGCUGCUGAAGCUUUCGUAAGAUAUGAUAAAUCCAUGUCUAUUUAA